AUGGCUUCAGGUGGAGCAGAAGAAGAAGAAGAUGGAGGGAUUCCAUUGGACAUUGACAAUGUGCACAUGCUCCUCCAAGUGGAGCAUGAGCAGAUUCAGAAGAGGACAUUCACCAACUGGGUAAAUGCUCAGCUUGCAAAGAGAUGCCCCCCCUCGUAUGUGUCGGACUUGUUUUCUGAUCUCAAAGAUGGAUCGCAGCUCCUCGACCUGCUGGAGGUGAUGAGCGGUCAGUCAAUGAAAAGACAAAGAGGUCGUGGGGUUUUCCAGCAGAGGGCCAACAUUGAGACGGCACUAAACUUCAUCAAGAAAAAGUCUAUCAAAUUGGUGAACAUAAACAUCCCAGACAUCUUAGAUGGGCGGCCAACCAUCAUCCUUGGCCUCAUAUGGACCAUUAUUCUCCACUGUCACAUAGAAGAGCUGGCUAGUGCUCUCUCCUUCAGCUCUCGUCAUUCCUCCCUCGACUCUUUGUCCAGCCUGGAUUCCUGGUCUGGCAGUCCCGUCCCAGCUAGUCCAGUCCCUGCAGGGCGGACAUCACCUCUCCACAGACGCUUCCGUAUUUCAGCCAAGAAGGCCCUUCUCAUGUGGGUCAGAGACCAAUGCCAAAAGGUUCACUGCUCUGUCAGUGUGAAGGACUUUAAGUCAAGCUGGAGAAGUGGUGAGGCCUUCUUGGCCAUCCUGUGUUCUCUCAGACCACAGCUGGUUGAUCUCUCACUGGUCCGGUCCAGAAGCAACCAGGAGAACCUGGAAGAAGCUUUUCACCUGGCUGAGCAGGAGCUCCACAUCCCCCGCCUGCUGGACCCCCAAGAUGUUGAUGUUAAAAGUCCUGAUGAGAAAUCCAUCAUGACUUAUGUGGCCCAGUUCCUGCAGUACUCCAAUGACAUGCCAGCACCUGAUGACCAUCUGCAGGUUUCUCAGAGUGAACGAGCACAAGAAGUGACUUGCUGGCUGCAGCAGGCCUAUCAGGAACUAUCAGAGGCAUGGGCGGCAGCAGAGAGAUCAAGUUAUGCUGAAAAACAUCAGGUGUUUCAGAGUCUUGCUGGCUCUUUCACUGAGCAGAGAAGACCAGUGAUGACCCUCUUUGGUGCCAUAAGACGCUGCCCUGAGCUGAGUCAGGAGCAGGAAACUCUGAAGAUGGCGUGGGAUUGUCUGGAGGAAGAGCUGAAGAGGUGCAAAGCAGACCUGGACCUGAGUCUUCCUCCUCCUCUGGACUCAGUUGUUGCAUGGCUGCAGCGAGCAGAGGCAGUGCUGAAGGAAGAGGGAGGGAAAACGAAAGAUCAUGCAGAUGCUGCCAAAGAAGCAAGAACUCAACAAGACAACUUAAAGACUUUAAUUAAGGAGAUGAACCAUUACGUCAAGAUCCUUGAUACUCACCACAACACAGAUGAUGUGGGAAAUGUAGCAGUGCCUCCUGAAAAGUUAGAGGAGAUAAAAAACCGUUUAACCAGCAUCCGAAUCACAGCCAAAUAUGAAGGGAUCAAGUUGGAAUACCAGGAAUCUCUUCACACAGUACUGGACCUCUUGAGACAUAUCAGCGCUAAAGUCCAGACCUGGAAAGCUCCCUGCAAGUCUCAGGAGCACAUACGUGUUCUGGUUGCAGACUGGCAUGAGACCAUUGAGCGUCAAGGCCUAAUCUUGAUUCUGAUGGAUGCUCUCCAAAACCUGAGGGAAAGAGCUAAUUCUUACACCAGCAAAGCUUCUCUAGGUGAAGAUUCUCAGCGUGUAACUCGUCAGGUGAAGGAAGCAGAAAGUGAAACUGAACUGGUCAAACAGGCUGUGACGACUUCAAAAAGGAUGAUGGAAAGAGCAGAGUCUGCAUGGAAACUGUACAACAGUCACUUUACUUCCCUACAAGCAUGGCUACCACAGAUGAUAUCUUCAGAAGCCGAGUGUCCUGCAGUAAAAAUACGGGAUAUGAGUGAGUGUCAUGCUCAGUUAAAUGAGGUGGGGAACUUUCUUAUUGAGGUGACUGAAACUACAACCCGCCUCACUCUGGCUGAACAGCUCAGCAAAAUCAACAUUCAGUGGGCUGAAUGCAUGAAGAAGACAGUGUUUGAAGUACCGCCAGAGCAAAGUAUUGGUGCUUCAUGUCUUCAUAUGGUGCAUUCACUGACCCAAGAGGCCAGUUUACUAAUAAGACAGCCACUAGAGGUGGCUUCAGUCCCACUAAAGGCGAGCAUGCAGAAACUACAGUCAUUGAGAAAAAAGAUGGCAGAGGUGGACGUGUCCCCUUUUAUCACUUCUCCUGACUUUCAAACAAGUCGCACAGAAAAACUGCAGCAAACUCUCCCACAGAUGCUUGCUGAAGCAGAAAGAACCUGUGGGGAGCUGCAGCGGGCAGCAUCCAGGCUGGAAGGACGUCUGGCUGAACUGGAUCACUGGAACACAGACGCCCUCGACUGCUAUGACCGACUGAAGGAGAAAAUGCACAAACGACGCUCUGCAUUAGAGUCUUCAACCAAAGUUUUGAUCUCUCGAGGCUUGGAGCUUGUACAGCUGGUGGUAACUGAGGGUCAUGAUCUGCAGGACUUUGUCACAAGACAAAAGAAAACCUCUCCUCUGCAGCAUCUCAGCACCACUAGCAUGAAGAGCAGAGUCUCAACUGCAGUCUUUCACACCCAGGACAUUCUUGAGAAGUUUAGUUCCAUUGGGUUCCAUCAGCAAGUUGGUGAAUUUCCUGAGCAGCAGCUGCCAUUUGAAACAGUCAGUCAGACACCUUCAGAGACAGGGGCGUAUGUUGUUGCCAGAACCAAACAUGUAGACCAGAUUGGGAGCGUUAUGCUGCAAACUCAGGACCUGAAUCAGAUUUCAUCUCACAUGUCUCAUCAAAGAGGUCUCCAGGUUUCUAAAAGGCAGCACACCAACACUGAGGAUAAAAAAGAAGUUGCACCCCGUGUAGUGGUAAAAAUGAUCUCUCAGCCCUCGAAGGAACCAGUGCAACAGUCAUUUUCUCAAACUUCAAUAGAAGCUGAAUGUCAGCUUUCAGUUCAGCUGCAGUCGUGUUCGGAAUCCCAAGUUCAAGCUUCAGGUUUCAGUCAGAAUGCUAUGAUGCCAACCACUCUUGGAAUAAAGUGUCCAGAGAGUCCAGCUCUGUCUACACAUGCAGCAAGUUCAGUCAUGGAUGAGAAACAAUGCUUUCAGAAUAUCCAUCACAAAUCUAGAGUGCAAACAAACCCUUCACAGAGUCCUACGUCUCCACUGGUUAUGAUCUGCAGUGAAGUUCAUUCCAAAGCACAGUCGAUGGCAAGGAGCAGGCUGGAGAAGGCCAGGCUUCGUCUGCAGGGAAGCAUCCAUCAAGCUAUUAAGUUAUUUGAUGGCAAAAAAAUUUCCGAAUCUCAAGCCAAAAAGAAACAGAAAGCUUUAAAAAUUCUGCAGCCUGCCAUGCUUGAAGAGUUCCUGGGUGCUGUGGAAGGUUUUGGGGCCUUUUGCUCUGAGCCCCAGCUCCAGGACUUGAUGCUUCUCUCUGAUUCAGUCAGAAAGCAGUGGGAGGAUGUACGCAGAGAAAUAGCUGCCUUUGUUCACGCCCUCUGGUCUAUAAUCAGAGAAGGAAAGCCGUCGUUUUCUGUUGUGCAAUGUGACACGAGUACUAACACUCUCCAUGAAGACACUGACCAGACUGACCAUGAUUAUUUGCAGCAGCAGCAACAGGUACUUGAGGGUCCAUCUAUGGAGCAACAUGUUGAAACACUCAGAGAGCUGUGUGAAACCCUGACUCCAAGGAAAUCCUCCAGCCUUGAAACACAGCAGCUGACAGAUGAGGUGCAGGAAGCACAAACCAGUGACACAGCACUCCUGCCUGAGAGGGGUCAGCAGCCUGAGGGUAACACCCUGCUGAGUUCGACAUCCAUGUCGGCCGACACACAGCUGAGCACCAGUCUCCUGCAGAAACAAAGCGUAGACGGCACACGACAGCUCUCGCCUGAGGUUACUUCUCUGUCUGUGCAGCAUGGAGACAUCCUCCAGCUGCAAAGGUGGGAAAUCCCAGCAGAGAGCAAGAACAAGUUGAUGCAGAGUAAAGGCUGCAGGUCGGAGCAAAAGCAAAAGUCUUCUCUUCGAGCCAAAGAGCAGGUGCUGAAAGCUCGUCUGCUGCAGAUCACAGAGAGCAGCCCGCAAUCACAAACUCAGAUACAGGCUGUUGUCAGGAGCAACACUGUGGAGAGCAAACAGGAAGCACAAUGGACCUUCAUCCCAGCGCGAACUGCCCCAUCACAGGUGGAUCACCCCUCUGAGCAGGAAGCACCAGAGAGAAUGAUGUCUCUGGAGAAAACUGCUGUCCCAGUAGAGUCUGUUGAUGUUCAGAAGGCACAGAUCAAAGAAAAACUGAACCAGAUCACAAGACAGUCUGUAGACAUCACCUCUCUGACAUUAGCUGAAUCUACAAUGUUUUCUGACUUAAAGGAGAUGGGUGGCACACUGCAGGCUGAAAUAAGGAAAUUAUCAGAACAAAGAGCUGAAGAGGAAAAACGAGGGCCAGAAACCACAUCCCCAUCAUCCCACUGCCAGGCACUCUACAAUAACAUUCAUCAACUGGAGCAGCUCAGACAGCAGCUGGAGGAAGUUCAGUCAGCUGGUCAGGCUCUGGAUCACUUCCUGGCCUCACUGAGAGACAUCAAGGCUCAGAUCUCCAACCUGCUGGCAAACCAAGACCCCAGCAGACAGAAAAAGGAGGGAGACUUGGAGCAGGAGGGACAUUCUUGGCAGGCAAUAGUGCAGGAGUUGCAGCCUGCUAUGGAACAAGCUGAUGUUGCUGACAGCAGUUUGAAGGCAGUAGGUAUGAUUGUGAUUAUGGAUGGUGCAAUUGUGACAUGCCAGGAUGUGGUGAAAUCUGUGUCCCUGCAUGUUGUGGAGAAGGACAAAGAAUAUGCUUCAGCCAGGAGAAAACUGAGAGAACAAGAGCUACUUCUUCUGGAAAAGAAGACAAUACAGGACAGUAAAGAGUUGAAAACAUGCUCCACUCCAAGUGUGACAGAAGAAGAGGCAGAGUUGGAGGCCAAAAGGAAUAAACAGGAAGGGGAGAGAGAGCAAGAGCAAAAGGCUCAAACAUGGAGAUCUGUGGGGGAUACCUUGAAAACCAGUGACCAGCGACGACAAAGAAGAAGUAGCCAGAUUAAAAAAGAGGCAGAGGAAAAGGAGAGUAUCGUCCAGAGGACAGUUGCCUUGUUAGCAACACUGAGGGAGACAAAGGAAGCAGCUGAGCAGCUGAGGCUGCAGGAGCCCACCCUGCCUGCUCUGCAACAGAGGACUCGUGCCUUGACAGAGUUGGAAAGUCAUCUUGCUUGCCUUCUUUCUGAGGUGCAAUUCCUACGUAAUGCUUCUUCACAAUCAGGAACCCUAAAUGAGAAUCAGACCAAAGAGAUGGAGGAUCUUUGGGAGAAGACAACAAGAACUGUAUCUGAACGGCUGGAGCAGAGCACUGUCCUAACAAAGCUGCUGAAGAGGUUUCAGAGUGUUCAUGGGGAGCUGAAUGGAACACUGCAGAGAGCUGAGAGCACUAUCAGUGAACAAGCCUCCUAUAUGGGGAAAGAUAACUUGCAGAAACUACACACUAAGAUCCGGGAAACAAAAGCAGAACUGAGUAAUAUGGGGGAUGACAUAGAGGAGGUCCGCAGCAUCUGCAGGCAGCUUCACUUUCAUCUACGUCAGGUACCAGGUUGCACCACUAUCCCAUUUGAGAGUGAAGCAGAUGGUCUCAUGGAUCGCUGGCUGGAUUUAUCAGAAAGAACUGAUUCCCACCUUGAAAACCUUCAUCUUUGCUUGACUUUGUGGGAGGGAGUCCUUCAGCUGGGGACAGAAGUGGGGAAUUGGACUGAUAGUAAACUCACAGUGUUUGCUCAGUGUCCCUCAUUUCAGACUGAGGAUGACAUCAAGGUAUUGCAGAAUGAGAUUACGAAUCAAGAGGAGAAUAUUCAGCAUUUUCACCGAAGAGCCACCGAGAUUCAGUCGCUGCUUCAAAGCUCAGAGGCCCCACUGGAGCUGCAGGUGGUGGAAACCCAAAUGAGGAAGAAGAUAGAGCAGCUAAAGGAGCUUGCUUCUGAAGCUGAGGAUUUUUGUAAGCAGAUGGUGUCCACCAAGGGACAAAUUACUGGGAGAAUGGUAGAGUGUUUAAACUCCCUCCAGAAGAUCCAAGAGGCUCUCCUCACUCUCACAGGUCCAGAUGUUGCAACAGUCCUUGCAAAACUUAAGGAACUAUGCUGGCAGCUCCACACUCAAGAUGAGCAGGCGGAGAGUCUAAUGGAGGAUGUGCAAGUUCUGGCUUCUAUAGCCGGUCCUGAGAACCUCCAGAGUCUGUCUGUAAGCGGGAUCCAGCUGCAGGAAAAAGUAAAAAAUACCCAUGAACUCUUCUCUGAGGUUGAGGAACAGACUGAGAGGAACAUCAAGGACCUUGACAGACUGCAAACAGAGAAAGAAUACCUGGAACAAUGGCUUCAUACUACAAAGAAGGGAGAUCUUAGUCUCUUGCAAGAAAAAGUACUUCAACAAAGUGUUAGGACAGAGCUUCUUGGACAGCUUGUGUCAUCUUUACGAAGCAGCAACCUUCAGCAGUCUGCGCUGCUGGAGCAGAGCUGCAAACUGCUGGAGCAAUACCACAACUUACACUCUGACACGCAAGGUGUAACAGAGGAGAAACGCUGCUCUCAGACUAGGGAAAUUGAAGUGUUUCGGGUUUUGUCAAAGUCCACACAAUCAUGGAUUAAAGAUCUGAGACAAACUGUUGACUCACCUCUUAUUGAAAGCCAUGGGAUCCAGACUCCAGUUGAACAAAGACUUCACUGUGUUCAAGCUGUGCAAAUGGGAAUAACAGAAGGGGAGACUCGCCUGGAAGAGCUCAGAGUUAAUGGAAAUAGUCUGAGCCAAAGACUGUUUGACAGAAAUGACCUGAAACAGGAAGUUCAGGAGACUAUUCAGAAAACAGAGGAGCAGUGGAGAGACCUUCUGCAGUCAGUUCAGCCAUAUUACAGGGCUAUUCAAGCUGAUCCAGAGCUCACCUCUCUGUACCUGGCUAGAAGACGAGAGGCUUGGUGCAGAGUGAAAGAGCUGCAGCACAGAACUGAUCAGCUUCCCACUUUCUUCCCCUGGCCUGGCGCAGCUGAGCGUGCACAAGCCUGCCGACUUGCCCAUCAGCUGCUGGAGGAAUUUGCAUCUCUACAAUUAACUCUUACCAGCCUGGAUGAGCAGAGGAAGGAGCUAGCUGAGAAAACAAGCAAUAACAUCUGGAAAGAUUCCUCCUGGACUGAGUUGGACACCCUCUGCUCAGCACUGAUGGCAGAGCUGAAGGGUUUGUGCUCCCGCCUCGAGGAAGGUGGGAGUAAUGAGGAACAAUUUGGCCAGUUGCUGCAGGACUGCCAUGAUAAAUUGACAUCCCUGCAGGAAAAGAUGUCAGUCUGUCAAGCUCAGAAAGAAAGCUCAGCUGGAGUGAAAACUGAUGUUCCAGCUCUGGAAGCCUUGCUACGAGACUUAAUAGACAUUGAAAAGGACCUUUUACAGCUUGUAACACUCAAAGACUCCGUCACAGUCAGUUCCAUAGCUGACACCCAUGUAAGCCUUUCCCAGCAAGUUAACGACCUCCAAAACCACAAGAUAGCGCUAGAGAGUAGCAUCAGAGACCAUCUAGCAAAGCUUAAAGUGAUUCAGCGAGUUGAGGAAGAAGCCACUUAUUUACAGACAGCGCUGAGAGAUCUAACUGAAAAUGUGGGGUCUGUCUCUCAGCCUGAGACCUACAAAGUGUUGCCUGGUAUCUGUCAUCUGAAACAGCAGUGGUGCAUAAUAAAGGACUGUGAUAAGAGGUUGACAGUGUUAGCUGCCAGAGUUAAUGACCUGCACAGGACAAGAGAGUCGAUCACCACACAGGAAAGCACUACUGCAGAUGUCAUUUCAACUGUCAGUGCCGUUCUUAAAGAUCUCGACAGUCUCCAGUCAUUUUUUCUACUGAAAAAACAGGAAUUUAUUAAAAAUACUGCUGAGACAGUAAUAGGAGUCAUCAACCAGCUGCAGUGGUGGAGUCAAACAUUACAAAUUGAGCCCUCUUCACCUAGUCAGGUAGCCCUGGAUGAAGGUUUGCAGCUUCAGCAAGUGCUUCAGGAAGUGCUCUCAGAACAUGACUUUCUUCUAGAUUGUCUGGGAGCAGAAGUGGCAGUGAGUCUGGAGACAACCGCUUCAAGUGCUCUCACUGAGAGUCAACCUGUAGUUCACACUCUAUCUAAUCACCUGAAUUACCUUGGGUCAAAGGAUAAUAGCUGUACAUUGUACACUGAAAUGCAAAGCAGCAUGAACAUGUCACUCUCUGGAAAUAACACAAAGGCAUUCAUCUCAGACUCACCUCGUACUCUGAGCAACACUCAGCAGGCAAACAUUAAGCCCUUGCAAAGAGACAGUACUUCAGCAUCAGCAUUGGUUCCAAGAAAAUCCCUUGUAGAUGCAGAUAAUACUAAAGAAAUAGUUUCUGCACCUUGUGUCACUUCCCUGAAUGAAGCAUCAUUAACGCAGCCAAAGAAACUGCCAAAUCCUACAACUCAUGAUGUGUCUGAACUUCUAGCAGCACCAUCAAAGACUUUUAAGGCCAUAACAGAUGGUCAAAAACAAGAACAGUGCACAAGAAGCUCACAGAAAGUAUUUAGUAUAAUGUUGGAGCUGCAGACAUGGGACAUACAGCAAAGUGGACAUUUUGUGACUAGUGAUUCAGAUGUUUGUGGAUGGUCUCAAGAAAAUCAGCUUUGUGAAGCAAAGUCUGAAGAAGCUAAGAAGAAAUCAAGACUCUCCACCACAUCCAUCAGUCCUAAAUCAAGCCUUUUGGCAGAACCAGAGGAGGUCAAAUCUGAAAGUGCCAAAUUACCAUGCAAUGCAAGCCCCCAAACCCCUGACUUGGAUAACAUUGAGAAUUUGACUUUCUUCAAAUCAUACUGCACUGUUGCUGAAAGCCAGCUUACUGGUGCACAUGGAGCAGAAACCACAUUUUCAGACGGCAAGCAAGACAAGAUGACAGAUUUCUGUCACUCUGGGGAACAAACAGUGAGCUCAGUGUGCACAUUGCAAACUGGAGAUUCCUUACAUGAAACACAAAGAGUUGCCACUGACAAUAAACAGAUGAUGGCUGCUGAAACUGCACAGAACACAGAUACAGCAUGUGAGGAGGUGGAAAAAAGAGAAAUUCAUGACACUAAAUGUACAGACAGCAACCGUGCAAAAGCAGCAUCUGGACAAGACAGCACUUCACUACUGCAACAGAUCGAAGAAAGCAUGGAGCCUGAGAGGACAGCGGUGGGUUUCCCGGCUGAUCUGGGUGCCGGAGAGAUGACAGGUGGAUCACCGGAAUCGUGCAAGUACAGAUCCACCAUGCAGGAUAUUUUAUCUGAGAUCCAGAACUUGGUGGAAAAAAGUAACAUUAUAAAUAGAAUACCUCACACAGAUUUAAACUGGUACCUGAAGUCAUCUCCCAGUGAAGCAGACAUUCAAUUGGUGCGAACUAUUCAACAAGUUCUAGCAUGCAGAUAUCAGCCUGCACAACUCAGUGUCGCAGCUAUGACCAAACAGCUGGAGGAGGCGCAGGAACACAGGUGCAGGGUGCUGGAGCAAGCUGUUACUAUGGAAAGCGAUGCUACAAUGGUUUCAGACCCAAAUCCUAUCAAAAGGACUGAGAAACUAUGGAGUGCAGCACUGCUGGAUGCCUCUGCUACCAUGCAGGUGAAAGCUGCACAGCUGAAUCAGGUCAAACAGUAUCACCUGCAGAUGAAAAUGAGCAGAGCGUUCCUUGAGGUUGUAGCUGCUGAGAAGGAACAAAUGAGCCUGAAUUCCUUGGGAAGUAGUGCCUUACAAGCUGAAAAACUCAAUGCUUUGCUACAAACCAUGGAGAACAAGAAAUCACUGAUGGGAGAUUUGCUCUGCUUAAGUAGCCAACUGUCAGUCCACUUAAAUGAUGCUGAAAGCUCAGGUGCUCUCCUUGCUCAGCUUGGAGAUGUCCAGGAGGAAUGGAGACUUCUAGAAGGAAGCAUCAAAAGGGCUCUGCGUCAUGCAUCAAACUCCACCUCUCAGUCUUUGCUUCUAUUAAAAGAGGCUGAACAGCUUAAAACUAAACUUGAAGCUCUUCAAAAAUCUAAACUGAACAACUUAAGUGCUUUAGAAUUGUUUUGCUUGACCACAGAUUUAAAAAUCUAUAACCAGCUUUAUGUACAUCUGCAGUCCCAGUCAGACGCCCUCAUUAAUUUCUCUGUGGGUCAGAAAGAGAAGGAUGAGAUUGAACACAAUCUUAAGGAAUUGGGGUCCUUGCUAAGUGUCCUUAAGAGGAAGUUUGACUCUUGUACAUAUAGCUGUGGUGGCAUUUCUUCAAGUAGAAUCAACAAGCAAAUACAAGACCUGAUCAUAUGGGCAAAGCAGGCAGAAAACCAUAUUUUCACUGGACAAAAGUUAGCUCUGUUUCCUGAGGAGGCCCGCAUUCAAAUAACUGAAAUGAGAAAAUGCCAGACGGAUAUUUUGUCAAGACGAACUGAGAUGCAAGAACAGCUUGAAAAGCUGAAGGGUGAAGCCUCUAAUACAAAACAAGAAGACAGUGAAGUAUUAAAAACAGUAGAAGAUCUAUAUGAAGCUGUUACUGACAGCCUGGAUCAUGUUCUUGACACAAUGAAGAAAAAUCUUGGGGAGAGAGAGAAGCUUUUAUUUGAGCUUGCUAGCCUGGAUGCCUGGCUAGCAGAGACACAUGCUAAAAGAGACACCUGUAUCCAUGUGGAGAGUGUUUCGGAAGCUGAUAUUAGACAUUUGGAGAGUGAGCUGAAAGGUCACAAAUUAGCUACGGUGGAGAUCGAGAACCAACUAAAUCUGCUGGAAGUAAUGUCAGAAAGUUGUAUGAAAAUAGCCAUUGGGUUGAGUCCUGGAGAGAGCCGUUACCUUGUCAACAGGCUUGCAGGCCUUUGGACAGAAUUAGAUGGACUGCUAGCUCACGAGAAAGCCACCAGUUGGGAAUUGGAGGAGCUGAUUCAUGAGUGGACCUCAUCAAAUGAGGAGUUAUCUACCAUCCAGGCUAGCUUAAAGCAAAUUUCUACUGAUUUGGAGCAACAGAAGUUUCCUCUGACUCAAGAAACAUUGUUGAUGAUCUCUCAUUUGAAGCACAUGCUAAUGGAGCAUCAGUGUCAAGUACAAGAGCUUCAGCACUGCCAGGAGGCCAAGCGAAACUCCUUGCUUUGCUCUAUUGGAGAACUGCAAGACAAGUGCAAAAGUCUCAGUAUAGAAGCCUUUGAACAAGACAAGUAUUUGCACCUGAGGGAACAAAUGGAAGAAUCUAGAGAUAUUAUCAAAGGGCAAAUCCAGCAUGCCCAAAACAAAGCAGUCAGUGUGGGUGAGAGGUUUAGACUGUGUCAAACACUCCUUGUUGAACUUCCUUUGGUCAAGACACAAUGUCAAGAAGCAGCAGAUCAACUGGAGGCUAUAUCUAACGAGUUACACCCAUCUGAGCUGAUUUCAGAGAGGGAAAGGAUUCACUGCACAGUGGAAACUUUGGUCUCCUGGGAAAAUUCGGUCACAGAUGAUAUCAAAAGCCUAGAGGCCAAGCUUCUGAUGGGUCUGCGUUUCAACUCUGAGCUUCCUGCCUUUAUGAAGAUGUUACAAAGUUCAAGAGAGAAGCUGGAGGGAGCCGAACCAGUCAAUCCUGAAGAGAAAGCCAUAGAUAUUGCACUACAACAAUACUGGGUCAUCUGGAGAAAUGUGGAAUCUGGGAUGCGAGUGUUGGAAGGUCUGGCACAGAAAGAAAAAGUUAACUUGAGAAACUACAAGGAACUGUACUUCCUCAGAGAGGGAGUGAUUCAAGAGUGUCACUCGUGGAUGGCCAGUCUGUCUCAAGCUAGAGAAUCCUUGAAAGACUAUCAGUGGGCUGCUCAGGGAGCAAUAGGCUUCCUUCUUAAUGCCGAAGCAACCUUCCUGUCAGCCCCUGGAGGUUUUUUAGAUUGCACUGAAGAACAAAGCCAGACCCAACAGGCUUUACAAGCCCUUGAAGAUGGAUUUCAGGCUCAUAUUUGCCAUCUUGUUGAUCGGGUGCCCCAGCAGACCUGCCUCUCUGGCCCAAAUAUGGAAGGUCUCCACAUUGGCAUCCUCAGUCAGCUGUUGGUAGGAAGAGCUGUACUGGAGGCUCAGGCACAGCUCAGACUGGAAUGCUUACAGAGGUGUGAAAUAAGGCAACAAAGCCACAGGAAGUGUCAUGAAAGCAUACGCCAGCUUCUUUCAGAACUUGAAACCAGACUUUCAGAAUGUGCUGCAGAGCAAGUGACAUCAUACGAUAAAUGUGUUGCCCAACAAAGGAGAGCCAAGCUUCUGAUGGAAGAUCUUCGCAGCCUCACUGAGAAGAUAGAAGAUCUGAGAGCUGGCUGUCCGAUGCAGGGUUGUGGGGUGGGAAAGGAUGGCGAGCUUGGUGCCCUCUGGAGGCGCUGGGCAUCGUUACGACGAGGCUUUGGCCUCCUGAUGGCACACACAGAGCAGAGGAGAGAGGAAUGGAGGGAUAUCACAACAAGUAUGGAGCAGUGUUGCAGCUUUUUGGCCAGCCUUCAAGCUGAGGUUCCAGACUCUUCCAUUGUGAGUUUUACUCAAGAGGAACCCCAGGAACUUCUUGCCCAGGCUGAGAUGUACCAGGCAGGUUUGGAGCAGGAGCAGCAGGCCAUAUUGUCCCUGGAACAUCGACUGGAGCACGCCUUGAGCUUAUCCACUUCCCAUGAUUCCAUCAGCCCUGGACAUGUUGGGAAAACACUGAUGAAGAUCCAGGAGAAUGUCAGAAGCUUGAAGGAAAGAAACCUGCUGAUUGUGGCUGCAGCACAGGCAGAGACGAAAGAGAGACAGCAAAUCCAAGAGGAGAUAGGACAGGUGGAGAAAGAGUUAACUACUCUAUCAGAGUUAGAAUUGUGUUUAGAUCCAAGUGAAAGACAGAAGCUCAAAAAGGAUUUGUGGUCCCUGAAGAGCAAGGUUAAGUGUAUCAUGGAUAACGUGCAGAGCCGAUAUGAAGAGAUUCCCGCUGAUAUUGGAAAGCAGAUACAAGAAGUUCAACAAUCUCUACAGAAAGCAGAAGAGAUGCAACACAUAAACAACAGCAACCCUGUCAAGAAACUGGCUAAUAGAGUGAAGGAGCUGGGAUCUGGCCUUGAGAGAGUGGAAGCAUUACUGCAGAAGAAAAGCCCAACAGUUACUGAAGCUCAAAAUGUUCUCAAGCAUGUGUGGGAUGAGCUGGAUGGAUGGCACAGCAGCUUGAUGCUCCUGGAAAGCGAAGUCCAAGAUCUUGCAGAGGAGCUGCCAAAUGAAGCCCAGCUUCUCAUUGACCAGCUCACAGAACCACUGCAGCUCUACCAGAAUGCAGCUCACAUGGCCGAACACCGCACCGCAUUCCUCAGCAAGAUUCCCGCCUGUCUUCAGGAGUUUGAAGACAUUCUGCACAGAGCUGCUUGCUGGUUAGAUGAGGCCGAGUCAUGGCUCAGCACUCCUUGUUCAUUCACAACCACCAGAAGUCUCCAGAAUCACACAAAGUCUUUACAGCUGGUCCUUGAUGACUCUGAGAGGAUCAGACACACCCUGCAGGACUUCAGGUCAAUGCUGGCUGAGAUCUCCUCUGUGUGUGACAUGAAUGCCCAGAAGGAGAGGCUGAACCAGAGUGACCAAAAAGUCCACGAAAUGCAACGCAACAUCAUUGAGCCACUGAAGCAUCUCCUGCAGGCUACUGCAAUAGUGGAAGUGAUUGAAGCUGACCUAAAGACCAUGGAGAAGAAUGUCUCAAAAAUCCAGACAAUUUUAUCCUCGAUGGAUGUCUCAAACAUAUCCCUGGCAGAGCAUCUGCAAAACCGACAGGUGAUCCUGGCCAGUCUGCGGUCAAUGCAGAGCGGGUUAGAGGACAUAGAGAGAUGCAAAGGGGAGCUCCACAUCUCAGAAGGAGCAGAGGACCUGUUGGUCUUCAGCCGAGCAAGAUUGCUUCUGCAGUCCCUGGAUCAGCUGGAAAAACUCACCCAGGAUCAAGUCUCACUGCUGGAGAGCGAGGUUAAGGCAGAGGAAGAUGCCACUAUGAAUCUUGGCAUUGCUCCAAUCUCUGAUUCUCCUGAAAAGACAGAAGAACCAGGCAAAUCUGCACUAAGAAGCUUUGACAAGCAGGCUUUUGAGGUGUCUGGUUCAGAGGAAGAGGAGGAUGAGGAAUGCGAGAGUUGUCACUCUUCUUCCUCUGACACACUAACAUGCAGUGUUGCUGAGGACCCAGAGGAGACGAUCAAUCUUUCCGAUGAGCAAAGUGAGCAUAUGGCUGAAAUGAAGGACCUUCAGAGUUCGGCUCAUCAGAUUUCCUCAGAAGCUGGGACAAGUUCAAAAGGUGCCGUAACCAGCUUGAGGUCUCAAAAUGUGGAAACUGGAUUAAUUAAACCAGACUUGAAAGUUUUUAGUCCUAAAACGGUGAAGACUGAUUCUGCUAACUCAGCCACCAUCCCACCAGCUGAAGCUGCUGGUCCAGGUCCACAGAAAUCACCAAAACAGGAAACCGUAGAUCCUCAGAAAAAGGCUUGUCUGGUGGCAGCUGCAGUGGAAGACACAAGGCUGAUUCCCUCAAGACCAGUAACUCCAUUCAGUACUGAAAGAGCAUCAGAUGAGUUCAGAGAGGAGGAUGAAGAUCUGUCUCUGUCUACAACUUGCCAGGUACAUAGUGAUACCGUCAAUAGAAUGAAAGAGCAACAAGAAGUCAGCACUUGCCAUAGUAGUUUAGUGGAUAUACCCCCGCAAACCAAGGGACUCUCUGACAUGAUGAUUAGCUUGGCUGGACAUGAAGACCAUGGUGUGGAGUGCCAAAGUUGGGGUCAACUUUAUUCCCAAAUCUCACUAAAACUCAGCACUCUGAGAAGAAUUCAUGAGGAGAGUAAAAGUAAAACCAACACAGAAGCUGAAGGAGAGGAUGAUAAGCCUCAAGGAAAGGUGUCACCAUCAACUGGAUCUGUUUCUGCAGUUCUCCGCUGGACACAUGAAUCCAUCACUAUGCUAAGACUAAUGGUGAGGACUAGCAGUUCUCAUCAAAGGGUGAAGGAGGAGUUGUUCCAGGUUGUACGGAGGUUUCUCCUCUGUCUGGACUCUUUGGCAGACUUUCUCUUAACUCCUGCUGGAGCUGGUGAAGACGAUCCUCAGCUGAGGUUGCUGCAGUUGGAGUGUGUAUCAACUGAGCUGCUGACUCUAGCUGAGCUGGUGGUUAAAGUUGAGUCCGAAAUCAAACCUGCACUUUUGAAGGGAGAGCCAGAUGCUUACCGCUGUUUGAGCAUCAUUCAAGAUUGUCUUCAAACAGCCCAGCCGGUCCUCACCUCCUCCUACAAUCAGCUCAUUGAACAGUCAGGAUUCACCAACCAACAUCAGGACUUCUCUAACCAACUAUGUCUGCUGGAUGAGUUUAAGCUGCAACAGACUGAGAUCUUUCCAGAUCUGAAAGAUGCUCCCAGUUUGGAGUGUGUGCUGGGUAAACACCUAAGAAAGAGGGUAAAAGCCAAGCUGCAACACGCCUCUCGGGCCGUGCUUCAGGGAAUAGCUCGCCUCCUGGAAGUGUGUGAAGAAUGCUUAACAGAGAGACCGAAGAACCAGGUUCCCAGCCGUAGUAAACUUCAAUCUGCUCUCUGCAGAAACAAGAAGCUCCUAAAGGUCCUCAUGUCCCAGCUGGCUUUUGUUCAUUACCUUUUCCAACAAGAGUCAAAUGCACUCAAGAGUCAGGAGGACGAACGGGCACAACUGGAAGUCAGGGCCAAAGCACUGCAGCAAAAGGCUCUUGAACAGGAAGUAGCUUCUCAAAUGAGGCUGCAGGAGUGGAUCUGCUGGGAGGAGCAUUGUGGUCAACUGGGCAAGAUCCUGGAUGAAUCUGAGGCCUUCAUCAGCAGCGGUGCCCCAGUAGCAGAUGGGGAUGAGAGGCAGGUGCAGCACAGAAUGGAUGCCUGCAAGCAAACACUUGACCAGCUGGAUGAAUGCAGAGCUGUGUUGGAGCUGGUCCUGGAUCAGGGGAAGGCGCUGCAGACAGAACCGGGAUUUGCUGCUGCAGUCAGUCAGGCAGGAGGCGCUCUGGAGCUGCGAUGGAGGAACACCUACAGGCGCAUAAAGCAAGAAAUCCAACGCUGCAAAGACAUCCAGGACAGCAGGGCCAGAUUCCAGACUGAGUUUGCUUCAGUCAGUGAGUGGCUGCUUGUUGCCAGCAAACACCUGAAGUCUUUGCCAGGUCUGGCAGACUCUUCUGACCUGAGUGAGGAGAGUGUUCAAAGAAAUUUGGUUAAGCUGCUGGACUUCUCCAUGGAGGUGGAGGCCAUGUCUGUGCUAAGGACAUCUGUAUCCAAGGAUGCCACUCAGCUUAUCCACCUAAUGGAAGCUGAUUGUCCCGGACUGAGAGCUCAGCUCACCCAGCUAGAGGUCAGCUGGAACCAGAUAACCUUUGACCUGUCCAAGAUCCAAGAUCAUCUUCAGCAGGGUCUGCAGGGUGUGCAACAACCACUAAUGCAACUGUCUGAACUGGAGGACUGGAUGAAAAAAAUAGAGGCUCGACUGAGCCAGGAGAAAGAACAAGUCCUCAAAGUCAAGAAUGCAACUCAGAUCACUGAAAUUCUGCAAAACUAUCAGGUGUUAAUAUCAGCUAUGGCCAAAGGACAACUCCUACUUGAUUUCUUGUCCCAGUCUGGGUCCAAGAUGGUGAGAGGAGACAUCCAGGCUCUCUGGUUGGAACGCACAAUGUUUGCAGAGAAAUUCGGCACCGUCAGAUUUCAGUGGCUACUUCUUCAAAGGGAGCUGGAGAGCCAGACUCAUGAAGCUGAACAGAUCCAUCACACUUGUGCAGAACGAGAGAGACGUCUGCAGAGUCUUCACGGCUGGUUAGAGCAGCAGAAAAAGCAGCUGAAUCAGUGGAAACAGACCACCAGUCAAACACAGGCUAGCAAGGCUCUUCGGGAGUUGGAGGCUGGUGUGAGCAAAGUGGAGGAGGUUUUGGCUUCUCUGCUGGAGUUGACAACUAAACAAGUGCAUGAUGACAAGGAAAAGAAGCACCCAAGUGAUGUGGCAUUUGCAGAGCAAGCAGAGAGUGUUAGUCUUACCUGUGUGGAUCUUAUUCAACAGAUGGAAGCACUGAAACCAACACUUCAGAAGACAGUGGAGGAGUGGACUUGUUUUCACAGAGGUCUGAGGGAUGUUACUGUGCAUGCCACAAGGGUGCGCUCCUCACUUCAGCAUUUCCAAGCUCCUUUCUUCUCACUAAAGCAGACUGAAGGAUAUUUAAACCUCCUCCAGGAUCUCCUGGUGAAGGCUGCAGAGGGGGAAAAACUUUGGAUGGCUGUGGACAAAUCUUAUCAGGGGCUUUUGGAGACCCUCCAUCAUGGAGCAGCAGAGGCACUUGGUGCUCAAGUAGAAAAAGAGAGAAAACGGUGGAACGAUACAGCACAGGAAAUAAAGGAUGAACACAUAAAGACUGGAAGGACACUUUCCCUCUGGCGAGACUACACCCACCUUGCUGAUAGUUGCCCCCUCCACCUGCAGCACCUUUGGCAUGAGUGGGAGGAACUUUCAAGUCCUUCACUUUCUCCUGAAAAAGACAAACAAGCCAUGGUUUGUUCAGUCAAGAAGUUACAGGAUGCUAUUCAAGAAUUACAAAGCAAUGUAGGAGUUGUUCUGGAGGAGUCCAAACCUCUUCUUGGGCAGCUAGAACCACUGUCUGCCAAUUUAAUCCAAUCAAACAAUAGAUUGCUGUCACGGGACAUCCUGCUGCUGAACCAGGCAAUUUUAGGAAAAAGGAAAAGUUUUGAGGAGAAUUUUGAGCAGCAGAAACUGUUUCAAACUCGUCUGGAGGCCUUUAAAAAACAGAUGCAGACGUCGCUGCUUAAACUCAAGGCAGGCAGAAAUGACACCGACUCUUUAAAGGAGGUUGUUUUGGAGCUCAGUGAUUUGUUUCCAUUACUAGUCGAUAUUGUGGAGAUGAGUGCUGAAACGAACAAACAGGAAACAGAGAAAUUGCACACACUGAGCAGAUGGUGGGUGGAAAGCUUGUUUCAGGCAUCAGACAUAAACAGGGAGUUGCAUCAUAAGCUGCAGCGCUCCCACAACUUUGAAGAGAAGUGUAAUAAGCUGAAAUGUAUCCAGGAAAAACUGGAGCAAGAAUCCAUGUGCAGAAAACCUCCAACUUACUCAAACCUCCAAGAGAUGCUGGCUGUCCAUCAGGGACUUCAGGCUGAGAUAAUUAUUGGCCAUGAGCUCCUCCGGGGUCUCCUCUCGGAUGCGGUGGAGUCUAUAGAAACAGAAAUGAGGCAGAAUAGAUCUGAACUCAUGCAUCAAGUGACCUGUAUAAAGAAGAGCUGGUCCAACUCUGUGACUCUGGCUGGACAGAACCGGACCAUGAUAAAGGAAGGCCUGCACUGUUGGAAAAUCUACCGUCAUGGCCUAAAACUUUUGCGGAAGAUGUUUACAGCCGUGGACUCUUUGCUGCCCCCUACUGGACCAUGUUUAUACACGCUGCAUCAGCUGCAGAACUUUACUGAUGUUUACCAGUGUGUUGAGAAGUGUUUAGGUCUGCACUUUGCAGUGUACACUCAGACUGUGGAGGCUGGCAAACAUUUGUGUGAAACCAUCACAGUGUCUGAGUGUCAGAGUCAACUACGGUCAGAGCUUCAGGACUUAGAGGAAACAUGGGAGCAAACCAGCUCCCUGCUGAGAAAGAGCAUAAGCCUGGCUAACACCACAGACCAGAUGUGGACUCAGUGUCAGGUUGGAAUAAGCAACAUCGUGAAUGAACUGGAUCAGGUGAAGAAGCUGCUGGCUGGAAGACCAGAGGAAUCUGAAGAGCUCAUUCAGGAGACUGAGUUCUCUCUGCAGCAUUUGGCCAGUGGAUUAAAGGAACUGGCCACCAUGAAGACAGACCUGUCCCAGUACGUCGCAGCCAGUGACUCGAUUCUGCUGGAGCAGCAGCUGGAGCAGCUCCACAGUCAGUGGGAAGAGCUGUGUAUGAAGGUUUCCUUACGCAGGCAAGAAAUAGCCGACCACCUCAAUGCCUGGACCAUCUUCAAUGACAAGAACAAAGAGUUCUGUGAUUGGUUAACUCAGAUGGAGAACAAGGUUUGCCACAGCGGAGAUCUGAGCAUCGAGGAAAUGGUGGAAAAACUGAAGAAGGACUGCAUGGAGGAAAUCAACUUGUUCAGUGAGAACAAGAGCCACCUGAAGCAGCUGGGAGAGCAACUGCUGCUUGCCAGUGACGAGGCGAAGCAGACCCAGGUCCAUGGCUCGCUGCAGGAAGUCAGUCAGCGAUGGCACAACCUAUUUCACCACAUCGAAGCCAGGGUGAAGAAGCUGAAGGAGACUCUGGUGACGGUGCAGCAGCUGGAUAAGAACAUGAGUAACCUCCGCUCGUGGCUUUCUCGCAUUGAGGCCGAGCUGUCCAGACCUAUCACCUACAGCAUCUGUCAUGAACGGGAGAUCCAGAGGAGGCUGGCUGAGCAGCAGGAGCUGCAGAGGGACAUUGAGAAGCAUACAGAAGGCGUUGCAUCAGUUCUCAGUCUGUGUGAUGUUCUGCUGAGGGAUGAAGAUGCUGCUGGUGGCUCUGAGGCAGAGAGUGACUCCCUGCAGGAAACCAGCCGGAGCCUGGACCAGCGCUGGAGGACCAUCUGUGCUAUGGCUCUGGACAGAAGGCUCAGAAUCGAGGAGACAUGGACACUCUGGUGCAAGUUCCUUAAUGACUACUCCCGCUUCGAGGACUGGCUCAAGAUGGCAGAGAGAACAGCAGCCAACCCCAACUCUGCAGACGUCCUCUUUACUGUUGCCAAGGAGGAACUCAAGAAGUUUGAGGGUUUCCAAAGGCAGGUUCAUGAGCGACUGACUCAACUGGAACUCAUCAACAACCAGUAUCGCCGUCUGGCCCGGGAAAACCGCACAGAUCGAGCCAGCCAGCUCAAAGCUAUGGUCCGUGAGGGUAACCGUCGCUGGGACACACUGCACCGCAGAGUGGCCGCCAUCCUCCGCAGACUCAAGUAUUUCACCAGCCAAAGGGAAGAUUUUGAAGGCACCAGGGAGAGCAUGCUGGUGUGGCUGACUGAGCUGGACCUGCAGCUUACCAAUGUUGAGCACUUUUCAGAAAGUGACGUCCAUCACAAGAUUCAACAGCUUAAUAGUUUCCAGAAGGAGAUCACCCUGAACACUGAGCGUAUUGAUGGGCUGAUAGUGUUUGGAGAGGGUCUGAUCCAGAAAAGUUCCCAACAGGAUGCAGCGCUGAUAGAGGAUGAGCUAGAAGAACUGCACUCCUACUGCCAGGAGGUUUUCAGCAGGCUGGUUCGCUUCCACCAGCGCCUCAGCCAGCCCCCAAUGGUUAAAGAAGAACCAGAGCUCUCCACUACAACCUUCUCCCUGGAGUCUAGCUUGGAGCUGAUUGGUCGGUCAUGGGUGGGGAGGAGCCAGGGAAGCCUCCCGGCCACACCCACCCACCUGUUGACCUCCCCUCUGGAGCGUUCUGGUCGGGAGACACCUGUGAGCGUGGACUCCCUGCCUCUGGAGUGGGACCAUACUGGAGAUGUUGGAGGAUCAUCAUCACAUGAGGAUGAUGAAGAAGAAGAGGAACAAGAAGAGGAGGGAACUUACUUUAGUGCACUGUCAGUUUCAAGUAGAUCUAUGGUUGCUCAUGAGUCUCCAAGAUGGCAGACACCAAGAGAUGCAGAAGCUCUCCUCGACGCUGAGGAACACACUGACACUGCACCUGCCCUCACCAGCACGCCCAUAAAGCAGGGCUAUCUGCAUCUCAUGUCUCAGUGCAGUGGCAGCAUCGAGAACUUAAAGAGAGUCAGCCUGAUCCUGGAUGAUGAAGAGCAGCAGGAGGAGUUUGGUCUGACGGGACUGACUGCCUCAGACAAACAGUCAGGUGUGAUUGAACGCUGGGAGCUGCUCCGAGCUCAGUCCAGGUGUGAUAAGCAGGCUGGCCCUCGGGAGCUUCAGCAGCUCACAUCUGAGCUAGACGACAUCACUUCCUGGUUAGAGAAAAUCAUGCCUGAGCUGCACCGACUCCAGAAGUCUGACCCAGCUGGCAGCAUAGAGGACUUAGAAGCCAGAGCCAGAGAGCUCAAGGAGAUGCAUAAAGUGUUUGCACACUACAAGUCCAUCAUGUUGUCCGUAAACCUACGAGAAGAGGAAGCUCCUGAGCUACAGGAGAGAGUGGCGAGUAUGAACACAGACUGGAGUAAAGCCUGUACAGGACUUCAGCGUUGGGACAGCAGCCUGAGGAGGACCCUGAUGCGCUGUCAGGAGUUUCAUGAAACCCUCCACUCUUUGCUGCUGUGGUUGGCUAAUGCUGAGAGCAGAUGCUACUCAGUGGACAUAAACCAUCCAGAAACAACAGUCAGAGCACUGCAACAACAUGUCAACACACUAACUGAGCUGCAGGAGGAGCUGCAGCGUAGGCAGGCUCAGCAGGCUUCCCUCCAGGCUCUGUGGUCUCACCUCCAGCCUGAAGAGGGUGCAGAGGAAAGCGACGAAGCCCAGGAGAAGCUCCACGUGACAGGCAGCAAGCUGAAGCUGCUGUUGAGGCAGGUGGACCAGGACCUCAACACCCUGCAACAGCGUCUGGAUUGUGAGUCUGCGUCAGCUGUUAAAGGCCAAAGUGUUUCAGCAGACACAUCUCAGGAGGCAGCACAAUCAAAGAAAGCAUCCUCCAUUCAAAGAGAGAGAAGACAGUCCUCCCCGCCUCGAUCCUUCUUCUACCGUGUCCUGCGUGCUGCCUUCCCCCUCCAGCUCCUGCUUCUGCUCCUCCUCCUCCUCCCCUGCCUGAUCCCCCUCUCAGAAAGUGACCCCAGCUGCACAGUGACCAACAACUUUGCUCGCUCCUUCUACCCAAUGUUACGUUACACAAAUGGCCCUCCGCCCACCUGAGUAGACCGUUCACAGAUAGGAAGACAUGUCUCUGAAAUAAUUUCUUCUGUUCAUUAGAGAUCAGUUCAUGUCCUCUAAAUGACCAUGAAAAAUCACUCAUUAGCUGCACGUAGGAUGAUAAUCAGACUGCAUCACUGCUUUUUUUUUGCUUUUUUUUUAGAUUUGGAUGCUCAUGUAUUAUUAAAUGAACUCCAAAACAUUUCAGCCAGUUGACUGAACUCUAGACAGUUUUUUAAAUUGU